CCCCAAGCAAGGCAAGCACUGGCCGCAUGGAAGGCCAAGGAGUGCGCUCGCUCUACGGUCCACCUUCUCAUACCGAAUCUGAAGGAUGGGAGGUCGUGGACCAAGAAGAGAGGGCGCCACCGCACCCCUCGUCAGUUCGCCAGCCGUUGAGCAUCAAUCCCCAUGCCGAUGUGAACAAGCCACAGUUUCCUGCCAGGCUCCCAAAUAAGAAUGCAAUCCCGAGCCGUGUCGUGGACGAUCUCUUGGCUCAACAUCACAUGAUCCACGGAACAUCGGCGAUAUUGGAUUUGGACGCUGAUGCCGACGACAACGCUGGUGGCGCAUGGGGCACCGAUUCUCCGUCGAACUUGCUCGGGAGCGACGAGAUGGACUACGACGACGAGGCGUCUCCAACCAAAGCUCAGAACACUCAAACGUCGGCGUGGAAGCAACAGGUUGAUGAGUUCAGUCCUCGUGAACCCCCCGCUGGAGCGUUUGGUGAUGACGAUCUCGACUUGGAUGAGGAUGAAGACGAUCAGGCAACUGCCGCCCCAUCACGUCAGUUGUCACCUCCACCGUCACCUGUCGCUGCAGCUGGUCCAUCUUUCAACUUCAACACGAGUAGUCCGUUCAGCCAGUCGGCCGAAGCUCCAGAAGGUGCAUUUGGUGACGACGAUUUAAAGCUCGACGACGAAGAACAGGAGCCCACCGUCGUUGCAGAUCGAGUAGAAGAAGCAUUUCAUCAACCUAUUCAUGCAGCGGAGCUCUACGAUAGCCCAGAAAUACAUACCUUCCCCGCCGCGCCCGUCUACGAGGUCCCGGAACUCAACACCAUUCCGGUCAGUCCCCACGAUGCUAGGGCGUUUGGUGACGAUCUGGACUUCGAAGAUCAACAUGAGGAGCCGACAGUCGUAGCAGAUCAAAUCGACGAAGCAAUCCGCCAACCCCUUCGGACAGCGGAACACUUCGACAGUCCAGACGUACUCAGUUAUAUGGAUGCUCCCGUCGAUGCCAUCCCAGCGCUCCAUACCACUCCGGUCAGUCCCCACGACGCGCCUCCUGGGGCGUUUGGCGACGACGAUCUGGAUGUCGAUCUCGAUAUUGGAGACGAAGACGAUGUGGAGGAUGUGCCAGUCGCCCCGGAACACCCUGCUGCAAUUGUCAGCUCAUCCGCCGAAACGGAGGUACCGGAAUUGUCGUUGCAUCAUAUCGAUACGUCACAGCACGCUGGCAUCGACGGCAUCCCUGCGAAAUUGAGUCCAGAAGAAAGCCCUCGGAAUCGAGACUCGUGGUCGAGCGAAGUUGCGGUGACACCCGACCAGCUGCCCAUUCCUUCACAUCACGACCGAUCUCCUCCAGAAGCGCUUCUUCAUGCCCCGCAUCGCUCGGGUUUCGAACGAUCGUACCCCCAGCACGACGCGCCAUGCGACAAAGCGACGCAUGCCGUUGAGGAAUCCGUGGUGGAAGGAAGCAUGCUAGACUUGGUUGAUGCUGCUCCCAAUGAUUCCAGUCCUUUUUACCAUUGUGCGGAAGCCGCCGAGCCCGAAGAUUGCCACACGUUUGAUGCUCAACGCAACAUCGAAAUUCCACUGACCCAACCGCCAGCCGUCGAAGAAAUGGUUGAGGAGCCUCCCGAGGCUGUGUAUCCAGCGACUCACAUGGAGGCCUUUGGCUCAGCUGUGGCGCGUGAUCCCGUUGAAGGAGGUGGCAACGACGUGGCUUUGCUCAAUCAAACGCAUGCCAUUGCUGCUGAGCACCGUCACGAACCUGCUGACGCGGAGAUUGAUUUCCAUUACGAAUCCGUCGAAGCGGUCGCUAAUGUCGACGAACAUGAGGUGAUGGAUGAGGCGUCCCCGUUGGAGCAAUACCUCAGGUCGAGUCCAUUGGACUCGACUCCAGAGACCUCCCCGUCCCCCUUCACGUACUCGCCGGAACGAGUUGUUGAAGCAUCGGUCCAUGUCGAAGGCAGCAACGACGGGUAUAAUCACGCUCAGCAAGUAUCGGCUCCUGAAGUCCAUGCCACACCGCCAUCGUCGCGGAACAGCGGACUGCAUGCGUCGCCUGAAGUGCUGGAAGCGACGUACGAAGAACAAAUCGAUGCGUCCCCUUUUGACCACCACACGACGCAUGACCCGAGGGAUGGGUUCUUUGUGGCUACAAAUGAGGAACAAGCGCAUCCUGCCGCCGUUUUCGCACCUGGACACGGGGAAAUCGACGUGAUUGCCGCAGCGCCUCCUCGGUACGACGAACCUCCGACAAUGUUGUCGUUGCUUGACCACAGGCACAACCAUCCCACAAGUGGUGCGACUGUCUUUGAAGACCUCCACGAUCUGCCGGAAUUCCACGGGGGCAGUAGCCACCCCACAGCCAUUCCGUCGUCUGGGUUCGAAGAGCACAGCCACGUUCCAGAAUUUGAUGCUCCGACACCGUCGGUGUGCAGCCACCGACAAGGUCAUGCGUACGAGGCGAGGUCCCCACUGGACCAGCACCAUGAAGAGUAUUCCGAGGCCUCGCCUUUGGAUCUACAGGGCGAUUCUCCUCAUGGCUCUUUGGCACCGCACAUUUCGUCGCCGCCAGGUGAGUUUGGGUUCGAGCAACAUCCACAAGAAGCGCCUGUGUUUUCAGAAGGAGUUGUUUGCAACGCUCCCGAAAAGACGGCCGAUGACGACCGACCCCACGCUGCCGACGGGUUAUUUGGUGCUCUCUCUGGACAUGAUGCAUGUGGUGCACCGCCGUCGGCGUUCGAUACCCCAGUCCAGCACGAAUACCACGAACAAUUCAAUCACGGGCCCGCAAACUCGUGUGCUCAAGACGCCUCGCCAACGAUGGGAGCCGACGAGUUGUUUUCGAGCUCGCCGGAUUUCGGCUUCUCUGCUGGAGGAGCAUUUGAUUCGACGCCACCGCCUCCAACAGCGUUUGCUGGUGUCGUCGCACACUUUUCCAACCCGACUGACUACCACUCGGCCCCGCAUCUCGCUCAGCAUCACGGAGAGGGCGAUUUCUUUUCAACUGGAGCAUCCGUCCAGCACGAUAUGUCAUCGCAAUUCCAUUCGGUUGGGCACGCUGCAGACUUGUUUGGGGGACAAGGCAGCUACUCAAACGAUCCAUUUGGCGAUCCGUUUACCGCCCCUGCGCCUGCCGCCAGCCAUGACCACCACAGCGCCGACGACGUGUUUGCUCAAGAGCAUGCCGCCGCUGUUUUGCAUGAAGCAGUACCUUGUGGCCACGAGCAAUACCACCACAACUUUCCCCCACCUAUCCAAACGCACCAGAAAUAUUCCACUCCCUUUGAAGUGACAUCAAGUACCCCGCACUCGCUUGAGCAACCAAUACCGUCGCAGCACCACACUGUGCAUGACAAUGGCCGCAGUAUGCAUGCUGAAAUUGGCGGUCAUGGCGCUGCCUACUCCCAAGCAGCCCCGUUGGCCGCCUCCAACUCUUUUUCGGAGCCAGCGUCGUUGUUUGAACAGUCGAGCGGUUCUGCGGAUUCGUUUUUUGGCCAUGCCCCAGUCCAUUUUGCGACAGAACCUGUUGCAUCGUCGUCUGAAGUGGUGUGCCAGCAAAACGAAACGAAUGGCGCCGCCCCCGAGGAAAACUUUGGCUACAAUUCGCAUUGCUACUCAGAGGGCGAUCAAAUGCAACCAGACGCCACCGCGACCUCUGACCAUCACGCGGAAGUUGCGCACUCGGCAAAUCAACCUGUCGUGCACCAAUUCCACCAAGAUAUCGCAGUGUUGCCCCCAGAAAUAGUUCACCCGGCACCACCGCCGCCUGACCACCAUUCGCUGGCUUCCACGACUCCACACGCUGCACAAACAUUUGAGGAUAUCGACUCGUCAGCACCGCCGAUGACGCCGUCCGCGUCCAUUCCGCAACGCUCUCCGCCGUCGGUCGCAGCGAAAAACCGCCCCACGCUGCAAGUCGAGGAUGACGAAGUGCCAACCGCUGACUCGUUGUUUUCCCCGACAAACGGCAACGAAAUCUCCAACGUGUUUGGGUCGUCGAGUGCAUUUGACCAGCCGCCGAGUUCGUUGGGUGGGUUUUCAAAUGCCCAUGCCGCCACUUUGUUCAGUCGCCAUGCGUCUUCUGGCGCUGACGCGUUUGCUGCACCUCCGACGUUCCAGGCGUACAUCGCGUCGUCGAAUGCAUCUGGACCCAACGUGAACGCCGUUUUUGAAGCGCCGAGCGCUAUCGCGACCGAGGCCUUUCCAUCCUGCAACACAUCUGCACCGGAAGCAUGCAUUGAAGCACCUGCCGACGAUUUGUUUGCUGGCUCGUCGUCGUCGCUGUUUGACCAGCAUCAAGCGUUUACCAGCCAAUCAUCGGAACCAUUCGGACAAGCGGCGCACCAACAUGAACCUGCCGCUGCUGCCCAAGUAUUUGGCAAUUACACAGAGUCAUCCUCACACCAAUACGCUCCAUCAAGACCCUUCCAUCAACCAGAAGCGCGUGCCUACGGGGCUCCUGUCGCCGCCGCUCCCUGCGCGCCAUCGUACAGCCGACCCACGAGCCACGCGAGCGGCCAUUGCGACGAAACACCGACCUCCCACGCAUACGCUCAACAGGGAUAUUCCGACCAAUAUGGCUACGGCAACCAUGCCACGGCAGCCGCGUUCAACCAAGGACCAGUCUCCUAUGAUGCCCAAGCCACUGCUCAAGGAUAUGAUGCCCAAUAUAACCAACAGCACGGUGCAUAUGUUGGUUAUGCUCAACGAGGAGCUUCCCAGCAGCCUGCAUACCACCAGCCCGUCGCGCAAACGUUUGAUCAGCCAGCGCCUCCGUCGUACCCUCAAGUCCCUGGCCAUGGCUUUUCCCACCCGGGGUACUCCCAGCAGACGCAGUACCAUCCAUACGACCAGUACAAUCAGCAAGGCGUGCAGCAGUACGGCCACCCUCACGGCUUUAAUCAAGCCGACGUUCGACCUGCAAAGCCCGCCAUCUUCAAGCCGCAACCGGCUCCAGCCCAACCAGUGGCAUACGAGCAACAUGUUCCGCGCAUGAGUCGGGAAUUGAAGCAACAGUACCAACCUACCACGCCGACCCCGCAGGCGGCCCCGGCAGUGUUCAACCCGGCGCCCAAACCCCAAGCAGGCAGUCAACCCAAGGACCCGUCCGUCGUGCCUCGGACUUGCUUGGCUACGUUUGGGUUUGGCGGCACUGUCUGCGUGAUGUUUCCUCGACGGAAGCUCAAGUUGCUCAGCACUGGCCAUCGCAACAGCCCGCGCACCCCCCACGGAUCGGUAGACGAGCACAUUGACGACUCGCGCAAGGGUCCACUGGACUUUUACAAACUCGAUCGAGUCCAUCAUGAGUCGGAUGCAUUUUACCAAAAGGUUUGGUCGUUUCCAGGGCCGCUGGGGGGUCCCUCGUCGACAACGGACGAUGCCAUCCUCAAGUACAUGGGCAGUCACGUUUCGCUCCACGAAGACGAGCGCCUCUUGUGGGACCUCAUGCAAGUGUUUGUCAAGUCCAAGGGCAAGAUCAGCACCCGCGACGCCAAGGCGUCGGACAUUUUGCUGAUGCAGGUGCUCCAAAACGCAUUAGCGCGACGCAGCAACUCGCUGCCGCCGUACGAUCCUGUAUCGCCGACAGCCGUGCAUGCACCUUCCUUUGAAGGAACAGAGGUGGCGACGAAUGCCAAGAUUCGCCAACUCCUUUUGGACGGCGAUCGCAAAGCCGCCAUCGACACGGCCGUCGCGGCCAACAUGUGGUCGCAAGCGAUGCUGCUCGCGUCGUUUGUCGAUUCGGGCAUGUACAAGGCUGUCGUGGAAAGGUUUGUGACCUCUCGCUACGGCGCUGGCGACCCCCUCCGCACCAUGUUGAUGGUGUUUGGCGACUUGGACGUGGCGAGUGUGCAGGAACCGUCGACGCCAUCGCCGUCGUCGUUGUUGGGAAAUUGGCUGGCGCAAGUUCAGAUCUUGAUUGCAAACCCGACCGCCACGACGAACAAGGUCCUCAUCGAGUUGGGCGACCGAUUGCUCCGUGAAACGAGGAAUGUGUGGGCAGCGCACGUGUGCUAUUUGCUCGCGGGUAUGCCGCUCGAAGCCCCGUCGCCGACCGCUCGCAUGACGCUGAUCGGCGGUCACGCCACGGGCGACGUUCGCUUUUUUGUCCGGCCCAACACAGUGCAAUGGACUGAAGUGUACGAGCACGUUGUGAAAGCGACGCCGAUGGUGCCAUUUCAAGGGUACAAGUUUAUCUAUGCGACGCUGCUGGCCGACGCGGGCUGCUGCGAUGUCGCGUUCAAGUACGUGGACGCGAUGCGCAAGACGCUCGAGCAAUGGACGGUCAAACUCAAGAUGCCGUCGUCGCCAUACCUGGACAAUCUCAAGAUGCAGCUGGACGUGUUUGACGAUCGCUUGCGGUUCUUCAUGGGCCAAGAAAAUGUCGACGCAGUCGAGGUCCAAGUGAGCAAGAAGGGCGGCCUCUUUAGCUCGUUGACGGGAUUUUUGGACAUGACGCUCGACAAGAUUGUCAAUGACACGCCGCCGCCCCCGGCCAAGGCCGUGUCGGCUCCGCUUGCCGGCGCCGCGUUUGCACCGCACAUGUUUCCGCCGGCCCCUGGCUCCAACCAUUCGCAGCCCCCCGGGUCGCACAACUCGCGCGCUCCCAACAGUUCGUCGUCGACGUACCAGCAACAUGUCCAACCCGCCGCGGCCCCGACCUCGCAAAGCCAUGGAUACGCCCACAACAAUGGGAUCGCGUCGUCUCCAGGGUCGCACAACACGCCGUCCCCUGGGUCGCAGCAUGGCCAGGAUGCGUCUGGAUUGCAGCACGGAAACUCGUCCAGCUGGAACGACGCGCCGCCCUCAAGCAUCUCUCAGCCACCUAGUUCAACGAACGCGGCCGCGAUGCUCCCACCUCGUGCUCCGAGCGCCACCACUGCGUCGGCCCCGCCAUCGGCACAACCCCACGCCCAUCCUCCGCUGAAGAAGAGCAGCAGCUUCACCAUGGAGGCGAAGGCGCACGCGGAGACGUCCCCCACGACAAAGGACGACUCGACGACACCCAAAGCCAAGACUCCACCGACGUCGACCUCCCAGAAGAAAUCCUCUGGGUGGGGCUUUCCAUCGCUUAGUUUGCCUUCGCUUGGUCUGGUUGACAUGCUGCGACGAAGCGCGGACCCCGUGGGCGACGCGACAGUUGCCAAGGUAGGCAAGGACAUGGAAGCAUAUUACUGCGAAGAGAAGAAGCGAUGGGUGUUCCCGGGUGAAGAAGAUGCGGAAGACUUGUCUGGCCCGCCACCCCCGCCGCCCACGUCGUUCGCCGCAGCUGCCCAAGCACCUGCACCCGACGCCGCAGCGUCGAACGACCCCCUUGCCGCACUUAUGGCCCCGCCACCGAUGAAGGAAACGACACCUCUCGCAGCCAUGAUGGCGCCACCAGCGCGGAAUAUGUAUGGCUCGCAGCGAGGUGGGGCAGCGGCAGCGAAACGAACGCCGCCUCGACCGCAGUUUGCUGUGUUCAAACCCAGUGCAGCAGCUACACCUGCACCUUCCAGCGAAGACGCGGCGCCAUCAUCAGGCUGUGGUCCGUCGUCCAUGCCGCCUCCGUCCUCUGAGUCGCCUGGAGGACAGUAGAAUCUCGCAGCAUCCAUGAAAACACAGAGUCGAUUUGUUGUCACUCGGGGGGUCUGUCGGGAUCACUUGUCGUCCUCGGCACCUUGCUUCUUUCGUCGCGCAGCUACCUCGUCCACUUUGAAGAACUUGUCGAGUUGUUCCUGUGUGUACUUUUGAAUCUGCAAGAGCCAUGUGAGCACAUGAUGAUGCAAUGGACGGGCAACACUUGCAAGAUAGACAUACCCCUGUGAACACGUGAUCUUGGUUGGGC